UUUAUUUUUUGGCCGGAAAUCAUCGGUCGUUUCUUAGGCGCAGGGCCUCUUAAACAUUCCUCAUUGGUGGUAGCCGCCUUUUUCAUGAUCCAGUUUUUAUUUCUUCAAACCGACAGCCUCCUGUCCCGAGAGUAUUGUGGAAAGGUAUAACGUUACUAAAGUGUGCUACCCUCACUACUCCGCGAGCUGUGAGGACAAGACACCAAUGUAUCUCCCGAAAUGGAAACAACCCCCAUCUGAUUUUUCCCCGUCCUUGUUCGACUCUUUAUGUCCAAAGCCCUGGCGGUAUCAGUCAGCUGAUGACAUGGGCAACUCACACAAGAUGAGUCCACGAGCAGCAUAUGGAGGUGGUGGUUAUGUGGCUGACUUGGGCUACGACCUGCAGGCAGCAAUAAGGGUUGUGGAACAACUAAGUGAAAACAAUUGGAUCGAUCGUCAAGCCCGAGUGGCAAUCGUGGAAUUCGGUAUUUUCAACAGUAAUAUGAACAUCCUGGCGGUAGCAAAUUAUUUCUUUGAGUUCCUACCUACUGGCGGUGUUUUCAGUCACGUCAAAGUGGAAAUGUUAGAGCUGUAUGGCACAGAGAGUAGUUUUCUUAAGCUUGUUCUGCUUUGUCGUCUUCUUCUUAUCAUCAUGAUCGUCGCUUACUGUGUCAUAGAGACUGUAAAGAUGUGCCGUCAAAGACGAUCCUACUUCAGAAACGUUUGGAACUGGCUCGCCCUUGUUGUCAUCGUCACAUCUAUGACAGCUGUGGUUUCUCACAUUAUGCGUGUGAAGACAACUACAGAUACUGUUAAGGAACUACAGAAGAACCUUUAUGCUACUGUCAGCUUCCAUAAAGCUAUAAGCUUGCUCGACAUUGAAACAACGUUUUUAUCUAUUGUUAUCUUCCUUGCGACUAUCAAGCUGCUGAGUCUCCUGCGCUUCAGCAAGCAAAUAAUUUUCCUUUCCAUAGCGGUUCGGUUCGCUGGGAGAUACUUGGCCUCUUUCUCAUUUGUGUUCUUUGUUAUCUUCUGCUCGUUUGCUACUAGUGGCAUGGUGGCAUUUGGGGCUCUUGUAGAGUCAUAUUCCAGCUUUCCCCGAGUUUGCGUCUCCCAGUUUGAGUUUCUUCUCGGUAAGGCGGUGCCCAAUUUUGAGAUGGCUAAAGUUGACCCUCUUCUAGCCUUCCUGUUUUCAAGUCUUUACAUUUGUUCCAUGACACUCUUCUUUCUAAAUGUGUUCAUCGUUAUUUUAAACGGUGCUCUGGAAGAGGUUAAAGAUCACCUUGAUGCUGUGACAGACGAACUCGACCUGGCUGAUUUCAUGACUCUCUAUUUGUUUCAAGGCAUUUCCAACAUUUUCGGCAGGAAGAAACGCAAGAAGCAGAGACUUUAUUGCGAAAACCUGACCUUUGAAGACGAAUGCGCGUAUGUGGAAAAUUGUCUUGUUGAGAUUGAUCGCAGAAUCUCCAUAUUGGCAGAAGACGCUCUGACGGCAGGGCGGGUUCGAUUAAAGAAAGCUCGGUUGCGAAAGUCAUCAUCGUCCCAAACUAAAACUCCCUUAGUAAAAGACAAAACAGGCACCAGCAAAACAGAAAGAACCUCUCAAUAUAUGGACCUACCCUUGGAAGAAGCUUCAAAUGACGAAGAGGUGUCGACUUCCCUCAGUUCUGAAAAUGAAGAUCAAAUAGUUUCAUCUACCCGUGCAGUGCAAGGUAUCUCCAAUCCUUUGUACUCAAAUCGGCUCCCUACGAGAACCGAAAUGGACAACACUGAUGAGGCUAUAGAUCGACCAAUUACGUCCUCUGCAAUUUAUGUUGAAAUUGAACACCAAGACACUCAAAUGUAAAGCUAAUGGAACCAUGCUCAGUUGCUUUUGUGUCAAAUGGUACGUUUCGUUCUUGAAAGGGAAUUAUUAGCUGUUAUUUUUUAACUU